AUGGCAGAGCAACAAGUGAAGGUGGAAGCCGAAUCAGCUCCGGUUUCGGCUCCGGCUUCGCCUCCGGUUGUUGCUGAAGUGCCAUUGAACAAUGACACAGCUUCUGAUGAUUCUAAAGCUCUUGUUGUUGUGCCUCAGCCUCAAACCCCUCCUAAAAAGCUUGAGUCAAGGGGAUCCCUUGAUAGGGAUGUAGCCUUGGCAGAAGUGACAAAGGAGAAAAAAUUGGCUUAUGUGAAGGCAUGGGAAGAAAGUGAAAAAACCAAAAUUGGCAACAAGGCUGAGAAGCAUCAUGCCGCGGUUGUUGCUUGGGAAGACAAAAAGAAGGCAGCCCUUUUUCUUGAGCUCAAAAAAUUUGAGGAAAAGCUUGAGAAAAAGAAAGCCGCCUAUGCGGAAAAGAUGAAGAACAAGGCAGCCAUGGUUCACCAAGAAGCAGAGGAGAAGAGGGCAGUGAUUGAAGCCAAGCGCGGCGAAAAUGUCCUUAAGAUUGAGGACAUGGCCGCGAAGCACCGUGCGACCGGAACCACCCCAAAGAAACCUACUAUGGGGUGCUUCUAA